UGGAGGCGAAAAGAGGUCACGUGUUUGAGAGAGAGAGAGGCGGGGUGGGAGAGGUGGUGCUUGCGCGGGGCAUGCCGGGAGUAGUGGUAUAUCGUUGGCAGCAGCAGGUGAAGCAGAUCAGACUACGCGGCGAGGGGGGGGUUCGUGCGGCGUUUCUCGCGGUCUCCAGAAUCCCGCGCUGCCCUGGUAAGUGCAGACAGCCUUUUCCGUGAAAGGAUUUCAGUUUGUUGAAAUGAGCGGUCGUAAAUCAAAGAGUAACAGCUUAAUACAAGCAGAAUAUCUUUCACAGGUACAAAGAAUUUUACGUGAAAGGUUUUGUCAUCAGAGUCCACAUGGUAACCUGUUUGGAGUACAAGUACAAUAUAAACACUUAAUUGAGCUGCUAAAAAGAACUGCUAUUCAUGGAGAAAGUAACUCUGUUCUCAUUAUUGGACCCCGAGGAUCAGGAAAGACCAUGUUAAUAAACCACGCAUUGAAAGAACUAAUGGAAGUAGAAGAAGUGAAUGAGAAUGUAUUACAAGUUCACCUAAAUGGACUGCUACAGAUCAAUGAUAAAACUGCCUUAAAGGAAAUCACAAGGCAAUUAAAUCUGGAAAAUGUAGUUGGAGAUAAAGUUUUUGGAAGCUUUGCUGAAAACCUUUCAUUUCUUCUGGAAGCUUUAAAAAAAGGUGACCGGACUAGUAGUUGCCCAGUGAUCUUCAUAUUAGAUGAAUUUGAUCUUUUUGCUCAUCAUAAGAACCAAACACUCCUCUAUAAUCUUUUUGACAUUUCUCAAUCUGCACAGACUCCAGUAGCAGUUAUUGGUCUUACAUGUAGAUUGGAUAUUUUGGAACUCUUAGAAAAAAGAGUGAAGUCACGAUUUUCUCACCGGCAGAUACACUUAAUGAAUUCAUUUGGUUUUCCACAGUAUCUUAAAAUAUUUAAAGAACAAUUAUCUCUUCCUGCAGUAUUUCCAGACAAGAUUUUCGCUGAGAAGUGGAAUGAGAAUGUUCAGAGUCUCUCAGAAGACAGAAGUGUGAGAGAAAUACUGCAGAAGCAUUUCAAUGUUAGCAAAAACCUGCGGUCGUUGCACAUGCUAUUGAUGCUUGCUUUAAAUCGCAUAACACCGUCAUACCCCUUUGUGACUGCAGCACAUCUGAUGGAGGCAAACCAGCUGUGUAGCAUGGACUCUAAAGCAAAUAUUGUACAUGGUCUGUCAGUCUUAGAAAUCUGUCUUAUCAUAGCAAUGAAACAUUUAAAUGACAUCUAUGAAGAGGAGCCCUUUAAUUUUCAAAUGGUUUAUAAUGAGUUUCAGAAAUUUGUUCAAAGGAAGGCCCAUUCCGUUUAUAAUUUUGAGAAACCUGUUGUCAUGAAGGCUUUUGAACACUUACAACAAUUAGAAUUAAUAAGGCCUAUGGAAAGAACAUCAGUAAAUGCGCAGAGGGAGUACCAACUGAUGAAGCUACUUUUGGAUAACACUCAAAUUAUGAAUGCUUUGCAGAAAUACCCUAACUGUCCUACAGAUGUCAGGCAGUGGGCAACGUCCUCACUCAGCUGGUUAUGAAUAUAACCCCGGCUUCAGUUAUGGAGUUUCGGGCAUACUGUUCUAAAGAACUAAAAGCUAUUUCCUUUAACAAGAAAUGUUAUUACAUUUUCUUAUAAACAUGUAUUUUUGUAUUUACGGGAGACUGUUGCACAUGCAGUGUCAUAGUUGUGCCUUGCUUCUGAAUCAUAAGCAGUUACAUGACUUAACAAUUCUAGUGAUUUAGAUUAUGUUGUAAGUAGCUGUUCAAAAAAAUAAAUGUGACUAUUUUAGGGAUUGAACCAUAUGCUUAUUUAACACUUGUGAAGUAUUUAUGUGUUACAUUUGAAGAGUUCGUUUUAACCCAGCAGCCCCAGCAGCUAGAUGUUUUUACAAACCUUAAACAAAACAGUAAAGAAACAAUGGUAAGAGUUGAGGUGUAAUGAGUAAUCUUUUGGUCCAUUGGGAGGUGCUGCAUUUUUUUCUGUUCCCAUGGAAAUUUUGGAUUCUAUUGCAGACACAGGACUUCUAGUUCAGGAGACUGACCAGUUUGGGCAGAAGAUAGUACAAACGGAAGAAAAAAGCCAAAAGUUUGAACAUUUUCUUCCAGACUUCUUAAAAAAUAUGGUACUCAUACCAUAAAAAAAAUCUCUUGCAGGAUUUUUUUAAAAUGCAGAUUCUUGGGCCUAUUCUAGGCCAAAGGGACCAGCACUUGUCUUUUUAACAGGCACAUUAGGUUGUUCCUGGGGAAUUACUCCCACAAAUAAUGGGGCGUGUAUGACAGUGCAUCCAAAAGUAAAGUCCUGAGAGGAGUGUGGAAAUGCCACAGCAUCACCUUAUAAAUUCAGGAACUGCUUUAUGUUUAAAGUGAAAUUUAAUAAGCAUUCAUUAACUGUUAGUGACUUCAUUCAUUCAAGAAUAUUUGUCUCUUAUUUUCAUAGAAGGUUUACAAAAGACAGUCCCUAUCCUUGUACAGCUUGUAAUCCUUUUAACUGUCAAAGGCCGUGAGAUAGUUACUGUUACUUAUAGAUGAGAAAGUAACACAGUAGUGGCCGUGUCCAGAGGAUUGACAGACUCUGGAAUUCAGCUCAUGUUUUCAGUGACACCAAAGCCCCUGGUUUUAAGAUCUCAGGCUCAGUAAUGGUUUUCUUACCAUGCAUUUUAGAAAGUAUACUCUAAGAAAUGAUUUACUUGGUUUUUAAGAAAUUUUGUAUUCAGAAUGGAAUAUAAGAUUUCUGUGCAUAAAAGUAGCUCUUCAGUAGUUGCAACCUAUUUUGUUGCAUACAGAGGCAUCCUUUCCCUGCUUCUCAGUCUUCAGAUCACAGUCGUUUACUUUUCAGCUGUGUGUCAUGAAAGCUAAGGCUUGCAUCUGGUUCUAUGCAAUAGUCUUCAGGUUUUUAGGGAAUAUUUUGCCAAAAUAUUCAUCAUGUAGCAUCACUGUUACUAGAAGCAAGGAUUUUGCACUUGAGCUAAAAUUGUCCCUUUAAGAAAAUUUCUCAACUAUUUUAGGAAAGUACCCUCUGCUCUAAAGGUGACCAUAAAAGCCCCUAAAUAACUUGCUUGAAGAUUGCAAAUUUUUAUGUGCUUAAGAUGCCACUGAAAGGUUGAACGCUCUCAUAUGCUUUGGUGACUCCGUAAGAGCUACAGAAGACCCAGCAAAUCAGUGAGAGUUGUAAAGCAACCUAGAAAACUUUGAUUAGCAAAGUCAAACGAAUGAAGCAUCUACCUACACUCCAAAAACAUUUUUUGAGGAGGAAUGUUGAUGUUCCCCUUUCCAUAUUCCCUAAAAAAAUACGAAGAAGCUGAAAUAUACCUUAAAAAUUUUAAAGUAACUUCAUCUCUUAAGUUGCUUAAACCAUCAUCAAUAAAAUAAAAACCAAAUCUGAAAAAUCCCUAGUAAAAAAACUUUGGGGAAUAAUGUAGACAAAUAUGGUUUAAAGAUACUUUCAUUUCCUAGAGGAGGAAUGUAGGCUGUUAAUAGCACAACCAAAAGACCAAAAAGCAGGGAGGAGGAGCGUUAGCGGCAGCAGGGGUUCUCACUCAGCAGGCCCUCCAGCUGCCCUACCAGUUAAGGAAAAAAAACUCUCCAGUUUUGCGGACAUGCAUGUGAAUGACUCUGAGGAAUUAAGACCUGUUGGUUCAAACUUACCACAUCACAGUGCUAUGUAUGUUGAUUAUAUAUUAUUAACUUCCUGAAGAAUCUGUUUUGCAGAACACUGUGGAAACGAUUUCCGUCUUUCUGUGAUGCCCCUUCCUUCACGUUUACCCUAAAAAAACUGAGAAUCCAUUGGUGUGAACUGUGACACUCAACGUGACAAGGUGGGGCUCUUGCACCCUCAUUUUCUUGAAAGCCAUGAGAUAAAAGAAUUUGCAACAUUAAAAAUGUAAAUGAAAGCUA